AAAACUAUACAAAAAUAUAAAGAAAAUUAAAUAAAUAGGACAUGAUUGUUUUUCCCCCAAUCCAUCAAAAUCACUACAAUAUAAAGCUAGCAACCAUGGCAAGAUAAAUAGAUUGAGAGAGAGAGAGAUGCCUGAAUUUUGUGUAACAGGAGGUACGGGGUUCAUAGCAGCUUACCUAGUGAAGUCGCUGCUGGAGAAGGGGCACACUGUAAGAACCACCGUGCGAAAUCCAGAAAAUGUAGAAAAGGUAGCGUUCCUUUGGGAGCUGAGUGGAGCCAAGGAGAGACUAAAGGUUAUGAAAGCUGAUCUCAUGGAGGAAGGAAGCUUUGACCUGGCCAUACAGGGAGUUGAUGGAGUCUUCCAUACGGCCUCUCCAGUGCUCGUUCCAAAUGACAACAACAUUCAGGCAACUCUAAUUGAUCCAUGUAUAAAGGGCACCUUGAAUGUGAUGAGAUCUUGCACAAAAGUAAGUAGUGUGAAACGGGUUGUGCUCACCUCUUCAUGCUCUUCGAUAAGAUACCGUGACGAUGCCCAACAAGUUUCUCCUCUCAACGAAUCUCACUGGAGCGAUCUGGAGUAUUGCAAACGCUACAAUCUGUGGUAUGCAUAUGCAAAAACUACAGCAGAGAAAGAGGCAUGGAGAGUAGCAGAGGAAAAUGGGAUGGACCUGGUGGUGGUGAAUCCCUCAUUUGUAGUUGGUCCAUUACUUGCACCAGAACCAACCAGUACUCUGCUCGUGAUACUGAACAUCGUUAAAGGUGUGAAUGGAGUAUACCCAAACACAACGGUGGGGUUUGUGCACAUAGAUGAUGUCGUCGGUGCACAUAUGUUGGCGAUGGAGGAAAGUAAAGCAUCAGGAAGACUUAUAUGUUCAAGCUCAGUGGCUCAUUGGUCAGAGAUCAUUGAGAUGCUAAGGGCCAAAUAUCCAUCCUACCCAUUCGAAGACAAGUGUAGCAGCAAGAAAGGGGAUAAUAACCCACAUAGCAUGGACAGCAAUAAAAUUAUUCAAUUAGGGCUCCCAGCUUUAAAAACACUGAAUCAAAUGUUUGAUGACUGCAUCAAAAGUUUCCAGGACAAGGGAUUUCUAUGAGUUCAUAAUGUUUUCCGCAAGCUCUUUCAGAUAGUCAGACUUGUUCUAUUUUUAAGAGAACUAUUAUGUCCCGGUUUAACACAAACAUUUGGAUGAACAAAUCUUGCACUGCUAUGAAAAGCUUUAGAAUCUGAGAAAGUUUUCUAAUAGACUAAUAAUAUCCGUUACUGAUUAAGAAUCACUUUACAGAUUUGUUUUACUGCAA